AUGAUUUUACUGGUAGUUAGCCGAAAUAAAAAAGACGUUCCAAACACAGAAACAGAUCAAGCAACUUCGGAACAGAAGACAUCAAUGACAACUGCAGAUAUUGGCAAUUCAACGAACUUAUCGAUGGAUCGAACAUCGUCAGGUUCGACUGAAGAUAAAUCUGAUCAUGGAAAUAGAUCAAGUGAAGAAGAACAAGAAGAAGAAGAUGAUGAUGAAGAUGAAGAUGAAAAGAACAAUACAGUGGAUGAUUUGGCUGAUGAAGAAGAAAUGCGUCGUCAUUAUGUGAAAAAGAACGAAAACCGGCGAGUAUCUGUUGCAGCUGAACGCUACAAUCCUGAAGAUGAUGCUGAUUCCGAUAGUGAACAAUCUCAUACCUAUCCGAAAACUUCAGAACAACGUCAACGUUUGAAAGAUGCUGUUUGCCAUAAUUUACUCUUUCGUACAUUAGAAGCGAAACAAAUUGAUCAGGUCCUCAACGCCAUGUGGGAAAAACCCGUUAAGCAAGGCGAAACUAUUAUUCAACAAGGUGAUGGUGGUGAUAAUUUCUAUGUUAUCGAUACUGGUGUCUAUGAAAUCUAUGUAUCAAAACAAGAAGAUUUCAGCAAUCCGUUCAAAGUAGGAGAAUAUAAUCAAACAGGUUCGUUCGGUGAACUUGCUCUGAUGUACAAUCAACCACGUUCAGCAACAAUUAUUGCCAGUACAGAUGGUAUUCUAUGGGUUAUGGGUCGACAAACGUUCCGUAAACUUGUCUUAAAGCAUGCAUUUCGUAAACGACAAUUGUAUGAGAAUUUUCUUCGUGAUCUCACUAUCUUACAAUCGUUAACGGACUACGAACGAUCGAACGUUGCUGACGCGUUGAUUCCUGUCGAAUACACUGAAAACGAAGUCAUUAUUAAACAAGGUGAUGAAGGCGAUCGAAUGUUCUUUAUUGAAGAUGGAGAAUGUGAUAUAUACAUGAACGAGAAAUUCCAUAAACGAUUGAGUAAAGGUGAUUAUUUUGGCGAAUUAGCACUUUUGAAUCAUGAACCGCGAUCAGCUACCGUGAUUGCUGCGAGUUCCAAAGUUAAAUUAGCUUCGCUGGAAGUCGAAUCCUUCGAACGUUUAUUAGGACCAUGUAUGGAUUUGAUACAUCGAAAUACGUCGAAAUAUCUUAAAUGA